CGUGUGCUUACAUCUGCAUGCAGCGUGUUGGGAUAAAUCGGUUGAAGGGUACAAGUGCCGACCACCCACCUACUUUGUCUAGUAUCAUCCAUUGUCCCGCUUACUUUUUCGGUUCGGUCUCACAUACCCACAACAGUCAGCAUCAUGUCCAAGACACAACAACAGCAACAGACAAAAAAGCCCAUCAAGAGGGUAGCCGUCAUCGGCGCGGGCCCCGCCGGCGCCAUCACCAUUGAUGCCCUCGCCCAGGAAAGGACAUUCGAUCUCAUCCGCGUAUUUGAAAGACGAGAAGGACCAGGAGGAUGCUGGAUCGGCGACAACAACAACCGCCCUCAACCCCUUACCGACUUCACCUCCCUCUCCAACCGCACCGCCGACCCACCAAUUCCCAUCCCGGAAGUCCUCCCCUCCUUCACGCCCAAACUGGACCAACAGCGCUUUUCCGAAUCCUCCGUCUAUCCUUACUUAGAAACCAACGUCGACGCCCUCCCUAUGGAGUUCAGCCAGGAACCCUUUCCCUCGGAAAAGAGCGAGUUCUCCAUUACCUUGCACGGUCCCGACACGCCGUUCCGCCACUGGAAGAGCGUGCGGGGGUACAUCGAAGGGCUAGUGAACCGUAACGGGUAUCAGGACUUGGUAUCGUAUUCCACGACGGUUGAGAAAGUCGAAAAAGUCGGCGACGAGUGGAAAGUGACGCUGCGCAAGGAAGGAGAACAAAAAGAUUAUUGGUGGACGGAGUGGUUCGAUGCCGUGGUGGUGGCCAGUGGUCAUUAUUGGGUGCCGUGGAUUCCUGCGGUGGAAGGUCUCGAAGCGUUUGAGAAGCAGAGGCCGGGAAGUAAAGUAGUAGUAGUAGGCGCAUCCGUCUCCGCCGCCGACAUCGCCUACGACCUCGCCCACUCGCGCACCGCCCAAACUCCCGUGCACGCCAUUACUGUAGGGCACACCUUCAACGGAUACUUUGGCGACGAAGCAUUCAAGCACCCGCGCAUCGAGAACCACCCGUCUAUUUCUAGGGUCUGUCCCAAGACCCGCACCGUUCAUCUAGUGGACGGCACGUCCAUCCCCAACGUGGACCACAUCAUUUUCGGCACGGGGUACACCUGGACUCUCCCCUUCUUGUCGCAGGUGCUACCCGUCCGGAAUAAUCGUGUCCCGGACCUCUACCAACAUGUCGUCUGGCAACAGGAUCCUUCCCUGUUAUUUGUCGGUGCCGUCGGCGCUGGGCUGACGUUCAAGGUGUUUGAGUGGCAAGCGGUGUAUGCUGCGCGCAUACUGGCUGGUCGCGCGCAGGUGGUGCCGACGGUGAAGGAGAUGCAGGAGUGGGAGGAGGAGAGGAUCAAGGAGAAGGGCGAUGGGCCCAAGUUUAGUUUGAUAUAUCCGGAGUUUGAGGACUACUUUGAGACGUUGCGGAGAUUGGCGGGGGAGGGCGAGACGGCCAGGGGCGUGGGGAGGAAGUUGCCUAGGUUUAGGCCGGAGUGGUUUAGAGCAUUUAUGGAGGGGCAUGAUUUGCGAAAGAGGAUGUGGAAGAGGGUUAAUGAGCAGGCGAGAGAGGACGAGAAGGUGAAGGCAAAACUGUGA